AUGUCGACACGAAGAGUGUAUGAAAGUGGUUUUGCUAAACGCAAGGCAAAAGAACAAAGAGCCGCCGGUUUGGAUUUAAUGAGAGGUUCAAUGACUAAAUUUCUUCGAAAAACAUCAGUUACUUCAGAAAAUGAAUCAAUUGUGAAGACAAAUGAAGAUGUAAUAGAUGAAGCUGAAGCAAGUGAAACGGUAAAUGACAUUAUUUUAUCACCUCAUAUUGAAAUGGAUCUAAAUAGUGAAUUUCCUUCAGAUCGUGGAAAGUUUCCAGAUGUCAUAAAUAAUUCUAAUUUAAAAAGACAGAUUAUUUCAUUUGGGCCUUGCAAAUCAAAUAUUAAAUUUCCACUAGAUUCUACACCGUGUCAAGAUAAUGAAAACAAAAGGUGUCGAAAAUUUUCUGUUGAAUAUUAUUUUAUAACAAAUUUAGCUGGCCAUAAAAUUCCCAGAUCUUGGCUUUGCUACUCAGUCAUACUUGAUAAAGCAUACUGCGAAUCUUGUUGGUUGUUUUCUGAUAGAACACAUCCUUAUUUUAAAUUAAACUGGAUAACAGGAAUAAAUGAUUGGCGACAUUUAUCGCAAAAAAUUAAUAAACAUGAGAUUUCUAUUCAGCACAUUGACGCUGUUAAAUUAUGCACAAUAUGGGUAAAAAAUCAAACAAUUUAUCACUCAAUAGAAGAUCAAAUAUCCCAAGAAGCUCAGAAAUUGAGAGAUAUUUUAACUAGGUUAAUUAAAAUAAUUUUAUUUUUAACAGCUGGUAAUACAGCCCUCCGUGGUAAUGAAGGGAAAUCAACUUCUACAAGUAUGAACGAAGGCAAUUUUAUCCGAUCAGUAAGACUAAUGGCUGAAUUUGAUCCACUAUUACAUAAUUUACUUUACACUGAAAAGACACAAAUUAAAUAUCUGAGUUGGAAAAUUCAAAAUGAACUAAUUGAAUUACUAUCAACAAACUUAAUUACUUUAAUUUGUGAGGAAAUCAGAUCUGCUCCAUGUUUCUCCAUAAUAGUUGAUUCAACACAAGAUAUCACGAAGAUUGAUCAAGUUAGCAUUAUUAUUAGAUAUGUAGUAAUUGAUUAUAGAGAACAAAAGUUAUAUUGUAAAGAGUCUUUUCUAGGAUUUUACCCCCUUCAUAAACAUGGUGCUGAAGAUCAUGUAAAUUUAAUAAUAUCUAUUUUAAAGAAUUAUAAUUUGGAUAUAAACAAAUGUAGGGGCCAAGGAUAUGAUGGUGCUUCAGUAAUGAGUGGUGGCUACACAGGGGUUCAAAAAAGAAUUUCUGAUAUAAUUCCAAAUGCAUCAUACGUGCAUUGUGCUGCACAUAAUUUGAAUCUUGUUUUUAAAAGUGCUCCUAGAUGGGCCUCUCUGGCGCUAGGUGAUGAUGUAGCAAAAACAGUCUUAAAAAAAGUAUGUACAACGAGGUGGGAAUCUCGACAUAACGCAGUUUUUGCUCUCAAGUAUCGUUACAGAGAUGUUUUAAAAUCUUUAACAAAUAUAAUGCUAACAAGUGACAAGAAAGAAGAAAUUAAUAGAGCUAAAGGUCUAAAAAAGAAGUUAGAAUCUUUUGAGUUUGUGCUAAUACUCACUAUAAUGGAACAAAUUUUAAGACCAUUUUAUGUGGUAUCUAAAAAACUACAAUCAAUUGAUUCUAACCUUCAUAAUGCUUGUGAGUGUUUACAAUCAGCUAUUGCAAUAAUUCAAAAUUUGAGAGAGAAGUAUGAAGAACUGGUUACUUCAGCAACAGAUUUGUGUAAUAGUUGGGGAAUAGCUGUGAAUAAUAAUCAACGGCGUCGAAUAUAUUCAAAAAAUUUUUUUGGUGAUUUAGAUGGAGACAAAAGACAAGAUAUAACCGAAGAAAACCUCAGAAUAAAAGUAUUUUUGCCUUUGAUUGAUACAGCUUUAGUUCAGCUAAAUAAUCGCUUUUUAGGUUUACAGAAAGUAGUUGAUAAAUUCAACUUUUUACAACCACAAAUCUUACGAGACAGAUAUUAUCUUUUAAAGAAGUGA